GUUGUAAAAUAAAGACAUUUAUUUUCUCAAGCGGCAAUCUUUUUUUUUUAUUAUAUAUUUAAAAAAAGAUAUUAUUAAAAACAUCUUAUCAUGAUAAAUCGUCAUGGAUUAUACCAGACAGUAGAAUUGAACUAAAUAAAAGUACAUUUAAUGUAGCACAUAGAGAAUUAUAUGAAGAAAUACACAUUAAAGGACGUAUUCUUUGA